AUGAAAGGCAUUCAGAUCAAGGAAUACGUCAAGGGACCGGACGACCUCAAGGUCCAGUCGUUUCCAGAUCCCGCGCCAAAAGACAACGAGUACCUCAUUGCCAUCCACGCCUCGGCUACCAAUUUCUUCGACCUGCUGCAGAUUCGCGGCAAGUACCAGCACCAGCCGCCAUUCCCAUGGAUCGCCGGCUCCGAGUUCUCUGGUGUAGUCACGAAAGCUCCCUCGUCGCUUCCAGGCGGCCGAACGCCACUGUACAAGGUCGGCGACAAGGUCUUUGGUGCCAGCCAAGGUGGCUAUGCUACACACGUCGCAUGCACAGAGGAGCGACUGAAGGGGGUGCCUGACGGCUGGAGCUUCGCAGAAGCAGCCGGCAUGUUCGUCACAGCGCCAACCAGCUACGCAGGACUGGUCACCAGGGCAAACAUCAAAAAGGGUGACUGGGUACUCGUGCACGCAGCGGCCGGCGGUGUCGGCCUUGCCGCUGUCCAGAUCGCCAAAGCCUUCGGUGCAACUGUCAUCGCCACUGCUGGUACCCAGCACAAGCAGGACAUCGCCAGAAAAUUUGGCGCAGACUAUGCCAUCGAUUACCGCAAGUCAGACUGGCCUGAGCAGGUCAAGAAGCUGACGCCCAAGGGGCGCGGUGUCGACAUCGUGUACGACCCUGUUGGGCUCAUUGCACAGUCCAUGAAGUGCACCGCGUGGAAUGGAAGGCUGUUGGUCGUUGGUUUCGCUGCUGGCGACAUCGAAAAGAUGGCGACGAACCGCAUCUUGCUGAAGAACGUCAGCGUCGUCGGCUUACACUGGGGCAUGUACGCGGUCAACGAGCCGGAGAUGGUCGACAAGGUGUGGGACGGUAUCUUUGAGCUAGUGCGAGAAGGCAAGUACAGAGGCACCUGCUACACAGACACCGAGUAUGUAGGGCUCGAGAGUGUGCCAGCCGCACUGAAGGCCCUGGGCGGGCGAGACAGCUGGGGUAAGGUUGUUAUCAAGGUCCCACAGGAAGGUCAAAGCAAGAUCUAG